GCAAUUAUGAGCACAACUCCAGGAUCUGUGGAGACAAGUACGUCUGAGGAGACAGGAAGCACCUCACAGGGAUCUGAGAGCACAACUUCAGGGUCUGAAAGCACCUCACAGGGAUCUGACAGCACAACUUCAGGGUCUGAAAGCACCUCACAGGGAUCUGAGAGCACAACUUCAGGGUCUGUAGAAACAGGAAGCAAAUCAGAGGAAUCUGAAAGCACAACUUCAGGAUCUGAAAGCACCUCACAGGGAUCUGAGAGCACAACUUCAGGAUCUGAAAGCAGUUCACAGGGAUCUGAGAGCACAACUUCAGGGUCUGUAGAAACAGGAAGCACAUCAGAGGAAUCUGAAAGCACAACUUCAGGAUCUGAAAGCAGUUCACAGGGAUCUGAGAGCACAACUUCAGGGUCUGAAAGCACCUCACAGGGAUCUGAGAGCACAACUUCAGGGUCUGAAAGCACCUCACAGGGAUCUGACAGCACAACUUCAGGGUCUGUAAACACAGGAAGCACAUCUGAAGAGUCAGGAAGCACAUCAGAGGAGACAGGAAGCACAUCAGAGGAGACAGGAAGCACAACUUCAGGGUCUGAAAGCACCUCACAGGGAUCUGAGAGCACAACUUCAGGGUCUGAAAGCACCUCACAAGAAUCUGAGAGCACAACUUCAGGAUCUGAAAGCACCUCACAAGGAUCUGAGAUCACAACUUCAGGGUCUGAAAGCACCUCACAGGGAUCUGAAAUAACAACUUCAGGGUCUGUAGAAACAGGAAGCACAUCACAAGAAUCUGAAAGCACAACUUCAGGAUCUGAAAGCACCUCACAGGGAUCUGAGAGCACAACUUCAGGAUCUGAAAGCACCUCACAGGGAUCUGAGAGCACAACUUCAGGAUCUGAAAGCAGCUCACAGGGAUCUGAGAGCACAACUACAGGAUCUGAAAGCACCUCACAGGGAUCUGAAAGCACAACUUCAGGAUCUGUAGAAACAGGAAGCACAUCAGAGGAGACAGGAAGCACAUCUGAAGAGUCAGGAAGCACAUCAGAGGAGACAGGAAGCACAUCUGAAGAGACAGGAAGCACAUCAGAGGAGACAGGAAGCACAUCAGAGGAGACAGGAAGCACAUCAGAGGAGACAGGAAGCACAUCUGAAGAGUCAGGAAGCACAUCAGAGGAGACAGGAAGCACAUCUGAAGAGACAGGAAGCACAUCAGAGGAGACAGGAAGCACAUCAGAGGAGACAGGAAGCACAUCUGAAGAGACAGGAAGCACAUCAGAGGAGACAGGAAGCACAUCUGAAGAGACAGGAAGCACAUCAGAGGAGACAGGAAGCACAUCUGAAGAGUCAGGAAGCACAUCAGAGGAGACAGGAAGCACAUCAGAGGAGACAGGAAGCACAUCAGAGGAGACAGGAAGCACAUCAGAGGAGACAGGAAGCACAUCUGAAGAGUCAGGAAGCACAUCAGAGGAGACAGGAAGCACAUCGGAGGAGUCAGGAAGCACAACACAGGAGUCCGAGAGCACAACAACUGUAUCUGCAAGUUCCUCACUGGAGUCUGAAAGCACAACCGAGGGAUCUGAAAGCACCACGCCUUCAGAGUCUACAGGCUCGACGUGCAUCACAGCUCCUCCUGAAGUGGCGUCGAGGAUCGAGGAUCUGAACCAGGCCUUGGGCGAGAUACAGAUGCAGAUAGAGGCAGUGACCACCGAGUUGGCCGACUGCUACAAUAAUGCUGAAAAACUCACUGAAAUCCACAUUUUGUCUUCAAAUCUGGAAGCCCUUCUGCAGGAACUCAAUGACAUCAUAAAAGCUCUUGAAAACCUUCAGGGAUCAAGAAGAAGGUUCCUGAUGUCCUCGUCGCUUUUGUCUCUACUAAACUCCGUAAAUCUUAGAAAGGGUGUGGUAUGUGCAGAGGCUGACAGCUUGCCAGGCGUGCUGAAAGAUCUUAACAUAGCACUGUCCUCAUUUGGUGAAAACCCGACAGACCAAGACCUUGCUGAUCUUGUUUCCUGCGCUGCACAUCAAACACUGACUGUUUUCUCACAGGUGGCUCGGGGUAAGAUAGAGCUAAGUGCUUCAGACCGAGCUGAAUCUGAGCGUCUUCUCCAGCAACUGACUGGGCACAGAAUGGCAGGGAUUGCAGUUGUUGUGGCUCAGAACCAAAGCUACAAUGAAGCUAAAAGAUCUGCUCUGGAGCUCCGUCUCUCCGAGCUGAUGUCCCGGCAGCAGGAAAUUCAAGGUGCCCUAAAGGAGGUUCACGAGGGCAGCCUUGGUGCAUAAGAGCAAAACACACGGUCGCAACACUUAGGAUAUUCCUGUGUCUACACUGCGUUCUUCAGCGAGGACUGUAGUUUAUAAUGACAUUUAUACUAAUUUACAAACUACAUAGCUGCUGUGACUGAUUUUCGGUUAAAGCGCAUUAGUGCGAUCUGGUUUACAAAAAAGAUUAAGUGAAUUUAAUAGCAGUUGUGUAGCCUCACAGCUUACAAAAUAUCACUGUUAUGCUUAUUUAUUAACGAGCAAAUUAAAGCUGUUCCUUUCCAUUACAGAUUGGAUACAUUUUUUUUUUAUCAUAUUGUAUCAGUUAAAAUGGAAAUUAUUAAAACAUAAACUUUCAUUUACCUUG